AUGUCGGAUACAAAUACAGUUACUACUUUGGAACGUUUAGCUAAUUUGCUUCGUAUCCACAGUAUUGAAUCAACACAAGAGGCAAAUUCAGGUCAUCCAACUAGUUGUUCAUCAAUGGCUGAAAUAACAAGCGCACUUUUUUUUAAUGUUAUGCGUUAUGAUCCAAAGGAUCCACGUAAUCCAGCUGGUGAUCGUUUCGUUCUUUCUAAAGGACAUUGUGCUCCAAUUCUUUAUGCUGCUUGGGCUGAAGCUGGUGCUUUUCCUGUAUCCGACUUAAAAAAUUUACGAAAACUUGAUUCUGAUCUCGAAGGUCAUCCAACACCACGAUUAAAUUUUAUUGACGUUGCUACCGGUUCAUUAGGUCAAGGUUUAGGUUUUGCAUGUGGUAUGGCAUAUGCUGGAAAAUAUUUUGAUCAAUCCGAUUAUCGAGUUUAUUGUGUACUUGGUGAUGGUGAAUGCUCAGAAGGUAGUGUUUGGGAAUCAUUCGCAUUUGGUUCAUUUUAUAAACUUGAUAAUCUUUGUGCUGUCAUUGAUGUUAAUCGACUUGGACAAAGUGAUCCAGCACCAUUACAACAUGAUAUGGAAACUUAUCGUAAACGUGUUGAUGCAUUUGGAUGGCAUGCAAUUAUUGUUAAUGGACAAGAUGUUAGUCAAUUACUUGCUGCUUUUAAAGAAGCAUCAGAAACAAAAGAUAAACCAACAUGUAUUCUAGCCAAAACAUUUAAAGGUAGUGGUUUAAAAGGUAUUGAAAAUGAAUUAGAUUGGCAUGGAAAACCAUUGGGUGAUAAAGCAAAUGAAAUUGUUGCUCAUUUAAGAAAAUUAGUUAAGGAAGAAACAUUAGUUCGACCACAGAUUCCAAAAAUUACUGCUAAAGUUCCAGAAAUUAAAAAGGACAAACAAAUUAAAUUAGCACCACCGAAUUAUGAUGGCAAAAAAGAGGUGGCUACACGUCUUGCACAUGGUACUGCGCUUGAAAAAUUAGGCAAAGCUUGCGAAUAUGUUAUUGCAUUAGAUGGUGAUACAAAAAAUUCAACUUUUUCGAUCAAAUUUCAUGAUGCAUUUCCGAAACGUUUUAUUGAAUGUUAUAUUGCUGAACAAAAUAUGAUACAAGUUGCUAUUGGAAUUGCAACUCGUCAACGUUAUAUAACAUUUGUUCAUACAUUUGCAGCUUUUCUUUUACGUGCUGCUGAUCAAAUUCGUAUGGGUGCAAUAUCAUUUACACGUGCUAAAUAUGUUGGUUCACAUGCUGGUGUAUCAAUUGGUGAAGAUGGUCCAUCACAAAUGGCACUUGAAGAUUUUGCCUUCUUUCGUACUGUACCAAAUAUUGUUUGUUUCUAUCCAUCGGAUGCUGUUUCAGCUGAACGUGCUGUUGAAUUAGCAGCUAAUUAUGAUGGAGCUGUUUAUAUUCGUACAAGUCGACCAAAUUUUCCAAUUUUAUAUAAAAAUGAUGAAGUUUUUGAAAUUGGAAAAGCAAAAAUUGUUGUCGAAUCAUCAAAUGAUAUUUGUACAAUAGUUGCUGGUGGUGUUACAUUACAUGAAGCAGUUAAAGCAUCAGAAAAACUUAAAGGUACUGGUAAAGCUGUUCGUAUUAUUGAUGCUUUUACACUCAAACCACUUGAUCGUGAUACAAUUCUUAAAUCGGUAAAUGCAACACAAAAUCGACUUCUUGUUGUUGAAGAUCAUUAUCCAGAAGGUGGUCUUGGUGAAGCUGUUAUGGCAGCAUUAGCUGAUCAAACUAAUAUUAAAAUUGCUCAUUUAGCUGUAAGAGAAGUUGCACGUAGUGGUAAACCAGCUGAAUUAUUAAGCAAAUAUGGUAUUGAUGCCGAACAUAUUGCAAAUGCUGUCGAAAAACUUAUUUAG